AUCCCCAGGAGAGAGGUGCCGCCGCCGCGUCCCGGGGAGAGGAGCUGCCGCGGGCCCGGCCGGCGGCCGCCCAGGCUGGCGAGGAGCCGCCGGAGAAGCGAUGCAGGAAGCCAUUGCCAUAACUGAGCAGCCAGUCUCCGUCUCUGUCCCGGUGGGAUACUCCUUCAUGCUGCGGUGCCGAGCCCAGGGAUGCACCUCACUGCAGUACCAGUGGUUUUGUCAGUACCAGUCUGACUGCCGCCCGAUUCCUGGAGCGACCAACCAAGACUUGCCCAUCAUUGCAGAGCAGACCCAGCUCUACACCUGCAGGGUCAAUGACCUCCACAGAAAUGCCGUCUUCUCCGACUGGGUGAAGGUGGAGGUCCAUCAGUGUGUUGCCAGAGGUCUGCCCCCUCGGCUGUGGCGAGGAGAACCAGUCAUUGUCCUCAACCCCAGCGAGCAGCGGGUGGAGGUGGGGCAGCCGCUGCAGCUGCAGUGCGCUGCCAUGGGGGUCCCAGCCCCCAGCUACCAGUGGUACCACAAUGGGAACCUGCUGGAGCGGCAGAAGAGAAAAAAACUCUGGAUCACCCAUACCAAGGUCAGUGACUCCGGCACGUACCUCUGCUGUGCCUCUAACAGUCACGGAGAGCACUGGACCAACGCCGUGGACGUUCACAUCGGUACAUGUGGCUCUGGAAAGUUUUUUGCUACAGGCAAAAUAGCACUUUUAGUGGGCAACAACCGCUACCAGCAUCACCCCAACCUCAUGGCUCCUGUGAGGGAUGUGUUUGAGCUGAGUCGUCUCCUGGAGCAUCUGGGCUUCCAGGUUGUCUCCCUGCUGGAUCUGAACAAGGCUGAGAUGGUGGCAGCGGUCAGUCGGUUCCUGCAGCUCCUGGGGAAGGGAGUCUAUGCUAUAUUCUACUAUGCUGGACACGGGUACGAACAUCUGGGGAGGAACUACAUGGUCCCUGUUGAUGCUCCACAACCCUAUGCCCCUGAGAACUGCAUCAGUGUGCAGAGGAUCCUCCAGAAAAUGCAGCAGCAGAAGACGGCCCUGAACAUCAUCCUGCUGGACACCUGCAGGAAGUGGUACAACCCAGGGUGUGCCUUGUCCCAGGUGCAGCCACUGGAGCCGUGGGGAAACACUGUCUAUGGCUAUUCCACGAGUGAAGAUGCAGAAGCCUAUGAAUUGCAGGAUGGGGAGUUCAGCUCUGGGAUCUUCAUGAAAUACCUGAAGAAACACAUUCUGCAAGAGAAGAAGGUUACACAUAUGCUGGAGGAUGUGUUAGAAGACAUUGGCCAUGAUCCCCUGGUCACUGGGAAGCAGGUGAUGGAGAUCAAGCACACGCUGAAGGAAGCCCGGUCCCUGACGGAUCCCAUCUGUCCCUCAGGAGCAGCCACUGAGCACUGGGGACACAGCCAAGAGCCGCUGAGCAGAACGGUGACCUUCCCAUGUGGGGCACGGGUGGAGCUCCACUUCCUCCGGCUCUUCUCCAACCUGAUGUUCGUGUGUGCCAAGCCACAGCCACCCCUGGCCCACAUCACUGACCCCCAGCUCCUGCUCCGCUGGCCUGCCGAGACGGAUGACGUGGCCAUCCAGAGGGAGAGCCGUCUGGACCAUGUGGAGAGUCUGCUCGCCUCUGUGUACAAGCGGGAGGAGCUGGACUGCAUCUUCCAGCUCUGUGCACUGCAGAAAAUUCAGACAGACGUGGUCCUGCAGUUGGAUUUGCAUUACACCCGGCCAAGCACAAAACAGAGGACUUGUGAAAGCCUCCAAACGACCCUCCAGAGAUCCCUGCUGGGGCAGUUUUUCAGCCAGAGGAAUGACUCCCAGCCGGACGCCCAGCCAGCUCCUGCCCGCGCCGGCAGCGCGUGCCUGCGAGCUGCGCUGGCGCUGAGCGCGGACCCGAAGGGCCAGGGAUCCCUGAGCACAGGCUCUGGCCACAGCUUGCCCAGCAGCAGCCCCUCCAACUUCAGCAGCGAGCCCGAGGAGAACGAUGAGAGCGAGCUGGGCGAGCUCUGCUUGGCACUGCUUCGGGCUGGCCCGGGGCAGGACGGGCCCUGAGCCUCAACCUUGGGAGCUGCUCUUUUAACUGAGGCCUCAAUUUGAGUGCUAAAUCUGUCAGAAUCCACCAGCUGCUUCCCAGCCUCGGCAUCGCCCUGUCUGAAUGAGGCCAAGGCUGCUUUUUUGGAAAGGUUUCUCCUAUCUGCACCGUGUGGUGUGCAGGGCCUCAAUUCCCUCGGGGAAUAUUCCCUGUCCCAUGGCAGCAUCGGGACCAGCGGGGAGUCAUUGUGUCUGGCAGAGGACAGGGCCACCCUCCAGUCACAGCAUUGCCAGGCAAAACCAGCACCACUGCAAGACAAGGGCACUGGUUGAUGUUUUCUGCCUGAAAACAAAAGUUGCUGCAUGGAAUGUGAUGAGAAGCCCACAAACACUACAGACCCCUCUGGCUCAAAUCCCAGCCAUGGCUGCUGGGUCUCACCAAGCUGUGCAAGGGACACAGGGCUGGACCAGGGGGACCAGGUGAAAGAGUGUAGGCUCUCCCUGGGGUCCCAGCAUGGUUUCCUUCCCAUGCCUGUGUCAAAGCAGGUGUUAAGUUAUGCAUUUAUGUAUUUCUGAAGAAUGUAUUUAUAACUGGGACGAGACAGUCGCUUGCCAGGAAAAGAAGGUCAGGUGUUCUAUGCAGUGUGUGUUUACAUUGGAGGCUGGUGUUCCACCAGGAAUAGCCUCCAGGCAGGUGCACUGACACCUGCCCCUUCCAGCCUGGUACAGGGGCAUUAAAGGGUGUUCAGCCCUCUGCAGUUCCGAGUUCCUCUCAGGUGCAGAGUGUCCUACUGGAGAGAUGGAAUGUACCGGGAUUGAGAAAGGAUAACCUCAAAAAAGUUAUUAUUAGUGCAGAUUGUUUUUUCUGCAGAUUGUGUGCCUGUCUGUGCUGUGGGCAACCUCAAGCACUACGUGGAGAACCAGCUGUUUGGGGAAAGCCACAGGUGAGCAGGGCCCAAAGGGCAGCCUGGGUGGGCACAGGCCCCUCCCUGAUUGCUUCCCUCAUACAUGUUUGAUAAAGGUGAUUACUCAGUAACGGCCUGAGAGGGUGAUCCAAUAGUUCCAGAGGGGCCAGUGACCCCAGUGAACUGUGCAGUCUCCAUCCUUGGAGGACAGUUCGCUCUGGACUACAGAAGGUGCUGAUGACCUGAUCCAAGCUGGCUGAGGGCUGGACCAGAGACCACUGGCGAUCCCUUCUGGCUGCUGUGGUCCUGUGGAAGAAAGAGGUUGGAGGGCAAAACUUCUUGAGAGGUCAAGGGUAGCAGGGUGGGGAGAAUGCCUGAGCUCUGUCUUGCUUUAAAAGGGUUGGAGGCAGAAUUUUCUCAGUUUUGCUCUCCUUCAGUGAAGAUACAUUUCUGUCUGUGGUGUCAGUUGCAGCAUAGAAAAAUCUGAAAAGUUGCUUCCAGAUAAACCAUUCUACAAGUGCUGGAAACCUGUCCAAAGAGAACAGAGGAGGCUUUUAUUCUUCUCACAGUGAGUAGAGCCAAGGGAAAGAAGAGGGGCCCCAGCUGGCUGAAGGCUAGAAAGUCUCCUAGAAAAAAACCUAAAGCUCAAAAAAAAAAAAAAAAAAUUCAGAGGAUAUAGUUUAAAUAAGAUGGGCUGAUAGAAAAACUAAACCAGAAAAUAAUAAACUAAUUUCAGGAAGAACCAAAGAUGAACUCAAUACUAGCAGCCACUGAGGGCACUGUGGGAAUGGCUCAGCAGGCAUUUGGGAGGAGCUGGGGGGUCUCUGUGAGGAUUGUUCCCACCCUCCUGUGCUGUUGAGGCAAGGCUUGUUCCUGACUCCCAUUAUCAUGCCAGGUGUCAUCUAAUGUGAAUGUUUUCUCAUUCAAAGUGAGGCUGUUUAUUUUUUCUGAAUAAAACACUAUUGGUGUUUUUAAUGCA